UUUCACCAGAUGACCGGCUUCCUCAGUAUCAAGAAUAGAAUCCGAGCGCUGAUGCUAAUGGCUCAAUACAAGUACUAUCUUGGCGAUUAGCACACUGUUUGCCCGCACUACCGUCAGCUUAUUGUUAUAAACAAAUUCAAGUCUAGGAAAAUUUGUAAAACAUUAAUUAAGGAGUUUCCUCAAUUUAUUCACUAUUUGUUUGUUAAGAGUUGAACUAGUGCAAGUUUCGUAGUGAACCGUAGUGGACUGAAAGUGUUAUAUAAGGACAGCGAAUAUUUCGGAUAUUCUGAGUGGAUAAUCACAUGUGGUGUGUACUGGAAAAUGGCAGUUGCUGAGAACCUAGUCAACUCCUAUGAUGCUGGAGAAGCACCCUUCAAACAUGAUAAAAACCGAUCAACAUGGAUCAGUACGAACGAUUUUGCCCUCGCCUUCAUUGGACAUAGUUUCGGACUUAGGAACUUUUACACAUUCGCCACGUACCUGAAAAUGGAUGGAUCAAUUAUCAUGUUGCUACCAUACACAGCUACACUUAUUCUUUGCGUCAUUCCAAUAUUCUUCAUACAAUCAUUUAUGGGACAAUUUUCAAGCACCGGAUAUAUUUCCGCCUUCAGAGUUUCACCGAUAUUAAAAGGAGUCGGUUACGUUAUAACGAUUUUAAAUUUUACAUCGCUCACAUACUACAGUUCAGUCGCUUCAUACCCGCUAUUAUUACUAUUAAGAACAUUUACCUGGGAGUUACCAUGGAUGUCGUGUCGGAAUAGCUGGAAUACCCCGAACUGUACACAACCCGCCAAUCACACGUUUGAUCAUAUAUCGCGAUUUCUGUUAACCUCACCGUCAAAAGAGUUUUUUGAUAAGGAAGUUAUCAAGAUGUCGAGCCGCAUCAACACUUUUCAGAUAUCAUGGCCUAUGGUCGGCGCGUUAUUUGUAAUAUGGCUCCUAACAGCAGGAUGUCUAAUGAAUGGAAUAGUCACAAUUGGACGAGUGCUGCGCUACGCGACCAUAACUGCCCUCACGUUUCUAGUAAUACUUUUUAUUAGGAUGCUGUUUCUCCCUAAUUCAAUGGCGUAUUUUUUGAAAUUCAUAACACCAAGCAUGGAAGCUGUACGUAGUCCUGAUGCAUGGCUAGUCUCACCAGUCCUGGGUGCAUUGACUUUAGGGACUGGAUGGGGUAGCAUAAUGACCCUGGCAAGCUACAAUCAAUUCAAAGCAGAUGCAGAAAAGUACUCAAUAGCCAUUCCAUGUAUUAUGUCACUAAUUGUCGUCUUUUCGGGAAUAUUGGUUCACUUCGUGGGAGAGUAUCUAAAAGAACGGAAUAUUUUCAACAUUCAAGUCUACAACGAAUUUAUGUAUGAAUUCUUCUGGAUUGGAUUACCAUAUUUUGUGGGAACGUUAGAAGCAGCGCAACUUUGGUUUGCGUUAACCUACACCAUGCUCUUCCUCUGCGAGUUCAGCUCGAUAGUCAUUCAAACGCUCAGUAUCACAACGGCCCUUUUUGAUGAAUACGCGAAAUUGCGACCAUUCAAAAAACACAUCACAAUCGGCUUAUGUUCCACGCUCUUUGCGUUGUCAUCAUUUUUUGCAACAAAUCUCGGCAUUAAACUCUAUGGGCCGCUAACAUUCAGCGCAGCUUUCGCACAAAUGGCGAUCGUUCUCAUUGAGAUCAUUAUGAUAGUAUGGAUCUACGGAAGAAAAAGAUUUCAACAGGAUUUCAAAUUCAUGCUAGGACGACCAUUCCCAACAUGGAAGUUUUCCAUUAUUCGAUUCGUAACACCGAUAAUUGUGGUUUUUAUGGGCUUCAUUUACUUCAUAGUGACAUUCGUCCGAUUGCACGCUUUUCCACUGGGAAUCCUACUUACUUUUCUCAUCAAAAUACUGCCUUGGGUUAUUAUUCCCGCGUACGCUUUAUACAAAAUAUCGACAACUACGGGAACUGUGAAAGAACGCUUUCGAAAAUGCUUUCAACCAAAUGAUUGGUAUCCAGCAGAUCCGAGGGACCGCCAAAGAUAUAAUGAGAUGUUGGGAUCUUCGGAGGUAUCACAUCAGCUUGUGGAAAUGGACAAUCAUGAAAACCAUGAGUGAAUGGUCAAGUGUGAUUUUUAACGAAAUAUUAUAUAUAAUUUGGAUGUAAAAUUCAUUUCAAUGAUUUCAUUUAUACUUAGACUAAAGUUCUCCUUAUGGAAAUAAAACUGUUUGUUUUUAGA